UAUUAUCUUUCACCGCAACCGAAAUCAAAAGAUAUUCGCGAAGAAUCGCAUGAAGAUCGAGGCGAAGAUGUUUCAAGCACACUUUCUUCGUCUAUGAUUUACAUCGUUUCUUCGCAACUAUUUUUUGAUUUCGAUUGGAGUAUAAAAUAAUAACCUAGCACUUCCAUGGAAGUUCGUUUUGUGUGCUAAGAGGAGACAACAUUCAUUUGGUUCAGUCUCUGAGAGUAAGAUUUACUUUGACAAGAGUUUGGUUUUCUUGAAAUGAGACAUGGGUUUGACUAGUUUCCAAAGGGCAUGAUCCUGAAUGUGGAAGACAAAGAUAAUAAUGGUUCAAUGUUAAUAGUCACACACUGCUGGAACAUCUCUCAGCCACUCGAGACCAAUAGCCCCAUGUAUAUCAAUGUGUAGAUUCAGCAAGCAUGUUGUUCAUGCCCCUUUGAUUGCAUCAGCAAUUUCAUUGAUGUUUGCAUGUCUCACUGCAUUGUGCAAUCAAAGGGGCAUGAACGACAUGCUCGCUGAAGAAUCCAUUGUGCUUUUUGUCUUUUCUCUCUUCCCUGCCUUAGCUUGUGCCUGUAUUCUUAAACUAUCCCAAUAUCUUGAAUUUGGCCUGAAAUGUGGAAAACCUUGUGCUGCUUGUGAUCACUAUGUUGCUGAAGAGGGACUUGGGAUAGCAUGCUGUGAGAAUGGUCAAUUGCAGGUUCAUAACGGUCGACUUCAGGAACUUCAGAAUCAGGGGUCAUUUUCAAAAUAUAGCCAUUGCUCUGCAUCAUGGUUUUGCUUCAGAAUCAGACGUUUGAUUUUUUCAAGUUCUUCCAGGUUUUCAUGCCUCAUAGCUACUCCUACAGGACCAUAUUCAUGUAACUGGGUUGCACUUGCCAUUCCUAAAAGCUUACUGAAAGAAGUUCUGUUGCAAAAAUCGUACUCGGCUGUGCUUAGCUGAUCUUUUACUUCUGCAUUGCUGUCUCAGAAUGAUCUUAUCUUCUGAAGAUUUUGAUCAAUUGAAAAAUCUCCAGACAAUUGAGAUGUAACAAUGGAGCAAUGUGAUGAAAAUAAAGCAUUUAAUUCUUUCUCAACACCCCCAUGACAUGAAUUUUCUUGCCUUUCACCAUUCACAGGAUUAACAAAUUCCAUCAUACUAUGUUCCCAAGUAUUUCCUCUGGAGUGGCUAUCAUGCUUGUACUUUUGUCGUGGCGUGUAUCUUUAGGGGAAAUCGAGCAGCAAGGGACAUGAAUGCAGAAUUGGAAAGAUGGUCUGAGACAUUUUGAGUGAGAAAACAUUUGUGUCCUUGAACAAGAUGCAUCCAUGCAGUAAACGAGUCUGCUCAUCCUCGGAAAAUAUUUUGUUCAUUUUCCUACCAUUUGCCCUUACUUCAUCUGUUCCAUCAACCCGAUGACUGUUUAUAUCCAACAUCAGAAGCUUCCACACUUUAUUAGUUCCCUCAUCAAGAUCAACUUUAGUUCCCUCAUGAAGACCAUCAAUGGCUGUUUGCGGUCUUUCUGCAUCCUCAAAUGUUUGUCUAUUAGAACUGCCUAGAUUUGCAAUAUUAGUUCGAUUGGCACCACAGUUUCUAAUUGUGGUCAGUGAAGUGCAACCACGAGUUCAGCUCUUUUUGUAGCUUUGAGCAUGGUUAGGAGUCUCGCUGUUUCAUAUUCAAAAGCAGAUGUCCAGCCGUUACAAGUUGAUUCAUCCAUAUGUGAUAUAGCAUUUUCAUCAGUACCAUUGAGCAAGCAAACAACAACAACAUUAAUCUAAUUGGAAGGCAAUAUAAUUUAAUGCAGGCAUACCAGUCAAAUUAUUGGGUUCAAUUUUCAAAUGUACAAAAGAAAACGAGAACUGAAAAGGGGAAAAUCUUCUAACACGUCCUAUGCAUCUUCGGAGCCCAUGUUCUAAAGAUGUAUUGGACGUGUUAUAAAUUUUCCCCUUUUCAGUUCUUUUUUUCUUUGGUACAUUUGGAAAUUGAGCCCAAUAGUUUGACUGGUAUGCCUGCAUUAAAUUAUAUUGCACCCCGAUUAGAUUAAUGUUGUUGUUGUCUUCUUGUUCAAUGGUACUGAUGAAGAUGAGGAGGAAGAGGAUUUCGAAGAUGAUGCUGUGGCGGGUUAAAGUCAAGGGGGGAAAUAGACAGCCUUCUAGCUACUAUUACCAAGUGCUGUGACCUUGUGAAUUUUAUAUAUAGUAACAAAAGUAGUUUUCACUUUUCAUCAUGAUAAUAUCAAUUUGAUUGUUUUGGUUGACAUUUGGAUGAAUUGUUGCAUGUCAGGACUAUGUUCAAUGUAUGAAAUUGGUUAUGUUUGUUCAGUGACAAUAAUACAGAAUCAUCUGAUAACUUAUAAAUGGAACAUUCAUGCGAA